AUGACCGCCACUCUCCCCACCGAAGUGGUUUCUCGUAUCUUCACAAACUUCCGCCCAAGCAUAACAUUUUAUCCUCUCCCUGAGUUCUUCCAGAUGGUUAAAGACGAGGCACUCACCACCAUAGAUGCCGGAGGACAGACUAAAUUGAUGUCUACGACCCCUUGGAUCGUAGCGUCAGUGUGUCGCUCAUGGCGCCAUAUCAUCCAAUCUACUCCUCAAAUGUGGACAUCGAUAAGUAUCAUCCUCGACUAUCACCAGCAGGAGGACAAUCAGUUCAUCAAGAGCUGGAUUGAACGCUCAGGUUGCCUUCCUCUUUCAAUCAAAUUUACGCAGUACGAUCGAUGCAGCGAUAUUCGUAACCUCGAACAGAUUUUGGGCAUUAUCAAUAGUCAUUCCGCACGCUGGAGGCAACUUGAACUUUCUCUCCACCCAAGUAUUCUUUCUUUCAUCUCCGGCAACCCUACAACUCCAACAUCCAUCCUGGAGACUGUCCAUAUCAAGGAUAGCUCCUGGUACCAGGAAGAUCGCAAUGCACCUACCCGUUUCCACAUUCAGCAUGUUCAACCCGCCCCUCACAGCGUCAUUCUCAAGGGCAUACCCAUGAAGACACUAGACAUAUCAUGGCAGCGGGUAACGACGGUGGAAAUCUCGUGCUGCAAUCUCCCUGAUUGCUUGGACCUCUUACGUAGCAUCCAUGGACUGACGCGUUUAGUCCUUGAUCGCAUUGCCGUCAGCGAUUCUCUAUUGGAUGCUCAACCCAUCACCCAUCAUUCCCUUCGCGCACUCAAGAUAACGGGAGUCUCCCUCAGUAUUCUCUCGCUCUUAAUCCUUCCAGCCCUGCAGGAGUUAUUCAUCCAGUACUCCGACAGACCCUCCGAAGUGACCGAUUUCAUCGAGCAAUCUGUCUUGUCAAGGUCGGCAGUCUCACGGGCCAUCGACGGCCUGCACAACAACGGCUGGCACACGUCCCUGUUGGGACGAUCGGCCCCUAUCAUGGGCGUCUCCACUGCCACGCUCGUGCUCGUCGUCGCGUUCCUGUGCGGCUACGCGCUCGGCGCUCGGCACGGUCCUGCCUUCCGUCAGGGCGCUGCAAAAAAAGUGGGACCCGCCCCAGCCCCAGCCCCUCCUGUCCGUGCAGCGUGCACCCCACCGCCGCUGCCAACACACGCACCAGGAAGCCAAGAAGACCAUGAGGCGGUCCUCCGUUGGGCAAGCAACAUUAUUUGCAUGUACUCCUACAAGACAAAGGAGGAGCGCAUUGCCAUCAGCAAGGCCCGACGCACAGCGGCUCGUGCUGCAGCCGAGGGGGCUUGA